GAGCGACAGAGGAAAUAAACUUGUACCAAAUUAAGCCCGAGACUUUUGCCCUGCAUUUGGUUCCUUCCUCCCUGCGAGCGCGGACGGACACGUCAGUUCCCCGGCUGACCCCUCUCCGUUGGCUUGAUAAGAGAGGAGUCUCGCCGGCUGUAAUAGUAAACAGUGCGUGAGGAGAGAGCGAGCGAGCGAGCAAGAAGCCCGGCCGGUGCGCUGAGAGGACGAGCGGCUCUUUAAAAGCGUUUGGCAAGCGCGCCUUUGCGGAGAGACACACACCCGGACCUGGACUCUGGAUCCGGAUCUGGACCGUGCCGGCUGUAAACGCCUGUUGGUGAACCGGGAUUUUAUCUUGAAAUCGCUUUGCAGACCACAUCGGAAGGGAGACGCUGCAACGCACGCUGAAGUGCACAGAGGACCGGAGCGCUCCAGUCCACUAGUCUGGAUAUCGGCUACACCUUCCCGUAUGGGCUCCUAAGUCUGCAAGGCGCAGCGAGGGGAUCACCUCCGCCUCUCAUUUGACGGGAGUAAAGGGACGAGGGGACAGGAGCGCCUUGGUCGUGGACGUGAUUUGACGUGAUUUGAGCGGCAACCGACUCGUAUCGGGGAGGACAUGGCAGCGCCGGCAGCGGAGAGAGGAGCCCCGCUGGAGGAGGAGAGAGGAAACAGGAGCUGAAUGGCAGGAUGCUAGCGACUUGAGACACAAGUCACACCAGCUUCCCCACACCGCUCAACACGCCGCUUGCUCCGGUCGGUGGUUCAACUGUCGGAAGGCAAAGUUAACGAAGAAGAAAAAGAAAGCAAAGAACGAAAGAGAGAAGAAGAAACACUUCCCUAUACCUGCCAGGAAUUUUAUUUCGGUUUUUUUUUCUUCCUAUUUUUUGGUUUCAGUAAUUUUAUUUUUUUUUGUGACAAAACAAGGAUGCAUUGUGGAUUAGUUGUUAUCCUGUUAAUGGGAAUCAUCUUCGUCGCCAAGGCUUUUAAAAACGAUAAAUGCGGAGACAACAUAAGAAUCACUAACGCAAACUACCUCACCUCGCCUGGCUACCCGGCGUCCUAUCUGCCCUCUCAGAGAUGUGUCUGGGUGAUAACCGCGCCGGGCCCUCACCAGCGGAUCCUCAUCAACUUCAAUCCGCAUUUUGACCUGGAGGACCGGGAGUGCAAGUAUGACUAUGUGGAGGUGCGAGAUGGCGUGGAUGAGAGCGGUCAGCUUGUGGGGAAGUACUGCGGGAAGAUCGCCCCCUCCCCAGUCGUCUCCUCUGGAAACCAGCUCUUCAUCAAGUUUGUCUCCGACUAUGAGACCCACGGAGCAGGCUUCUCCAUCCGCUACGAGAUCUUCAAAACCGGUCCUGAAUGUUCUCGGAACUUUACCUCCAACAGCGGAGUCAUCAAAUCCCCUGGUUUCCCAGAGAAGUACCCCAACAAUCUGGAUUGCACCUUCAUGAUCUUCGCCCCCAAGAUGUCGGAGAUUGUGCUGGAGUUUGAGAGCUUUGAGCUGGAGCCUGAUACCACCCCACCAACCGGUGUGUUCUGCCGCUAUGACCGGCUGGAGAUCUGGGACGGCUUCCCUGGGGUCGGUCCAUAUGUCGGGAGGUACUGUGGGCAGAACACGCCAGGCAGGAUCAUCUCCUAUACAGGCAUCCUCGCCCUGACAAUUAACACAGACAGCGCCAUUGCCAAGGAGGGCUUUUCCGCCAACUUCACCGUCAUCGAAAGGACCGUCCCCGAGGACUUUGACUGUACGGACCCCUUGGGAAUGGAAUCGGGAGAGAUAACGUCGGACCAGAUCAUGGCCUCAUCCCAGUACAACCCCAGCUGGUCCCCGGAGCGUUCCAGACUCAACUACUAUGAAAACGCCUGGACGCCAGCCGAUGACUCCAACAAGGAGUGGAUACAGGUGGACCUUGGGUUCUUGCGGUUUGUCUCGGCCAUCGGGACACAGGGGGCCAUCUCCCAAGAGACCCGGAGGACCUACUUCGUCACGUCCUACAAAGUGGAUGUCAGUUCCAACGGAGAGGACUGGAUCACCCUGAAGGAAGGCUCCAAGCAAAAAGUUUUCCAAGGCAACACCAACCCAACAGACGUUGCCAAGACAAUGCUGCCCAAGCCAACACUGACGCGUUUCAUCCGGAUACGUCCGGUUACCUGGGAAGCAGGCAUCGCACUGCGCUUUGAGGUGUACGGGUGUAAGAUAUCAGAGUACCCAUGCUCGGGGAUGCUGGGCAUGGUGUCGGGGCUGAUCGCUGACUCCCAGAUCACAGCCUCCUCCCACACAGACCGGAGCUGGGUUCCAGAGAAUGCCCGCCUGCUGACCAGCCGUUCAGGGUGGACCCUGCUGCCCCAGCCGCAGCCCUUCACCAACGAGUGGUUGCAGGUGGACUUGGGCGAGGAGAAGCUGGUGAGGGGUCUUAUCAUCCAGGGAGGGAAACACCGCGAGAACAAGGUCUUCAUGAAGAAGUUCCGCCUGGGCUACAGCAACAACGGCUCCGACUGGAGGAUGGUGCUGGAUGCCAACGGCAUCAAGCCAAAGAUAUUUGAGGGGAAUAUGAACUACGAUACACCGGAGCUGAGAACGGUGGAGCCUCUGCUAACCCGCUUCGUCAGAGUCUACCCAGAUAGGGCCACCCCUGCCGGGAUGGGCCUACGACUCGAGCUCCUGGGCUGUGAGAUCCAAGCUCCUACUCUCCCUCCCACCACACCGGUCCCCACGCCUUCGUCGGACGAGUGCGACGACGAUCAGGCCAGCUGCCACAGUGGCACAGGUGAUGACUACGACGUGACAGGUGGGACCACAAUGCCAGAGACCACUACAGCUGAGGCGGACACCAUCCUAGGGUUCCAGUGGUUUGCAUGCGACUUUGGCUGGGCCAGCAACCCAUCUUUCUGCAGCUGGACAUCGGAGGACACUGGAUCCAGGUGGCAGAUUCAGUCCAGCGGGACCCCCACUCUUAAUACUGGACCCAACAUGGACCACACAGGUGGAUCGGGGAACUUCAUCUACACUCUAGCUACAGCUCCUCAGGAGACUGAGGUGGCUCGCUUGGUCAGUCCAAUGGUCAGUGCCCCAGACGCCAACCUGUGUGUGUCUUUCUGGUACCACAUGUUCGGGCCACACAUUGGCACCCUGCACAUCAAGCAGCGGAAGCAGACGGUAGACGGACCGGCUGACAUCCUGCUGUGGACCGUCAGCGGUCACCAAGGCAACCGCUGGCGGGAGGGACGAGUUCUCGUGCCGCACUCCAACAAACCGUAUCAGGUUAUAAUUGAAGGCUUAGUGGAGAGGAAGAGCUGGGGAGACAUCGCUGUCGACGACAUUAAAAUCUUAGAUGGGCUUAACAUGGCAGACUGUAAAGAUCCUGAUGUGCCCACUGAGCCCAUGUUACCGGAGGACCGCUUCAACGAAAUUAUUGAGGAGAACACGGGCUACCCGGACAUUGUGGAGUCCAACGAGAUCACCGGGCCAGGCAACAUGCUGAAGACUCUGGACCCCAUCCUCAUCACCAUCAUUGCCAUGUCUGCUCUGGGGGUCUUCUUGGGUGCUAUCUGUGGUGUGGUCCUUUACUGUGCCUGCUCGCACGGAGGGAUAUCUGACAGGAACUUAUCAGCGCUGGAGAACUAUAACUUUGAACUGGUGGACGGCGUCAAGCUAAAGAAAGACAAACUCAACGUACAGAACUCUUACUCAGAGGCGUGAAACGGGAGAGAGCAUAUUUGUGGGACUGGGAGACUUGCAGAGCGUGCACAAGGCUGUAGGCAUAUCCUCUUGUACAGUAUAUCUGUGAGCAAGGGGGACUCAAGCAGACUGCUAGUACCCUCACUCACUGGAUGAGGGACAGGUUCAGGAACCAGUGGGAGGUUUGGACUGAUCCAUGCUUUUCUCAGGAGCUGCAGUAAAAAGAACCUACCAGUAGGGGACACUGUGUACAAAAUUAAUACAGAAAAAAAAUAUGUACAGAUGCUUUAGAUGAUAUUUUAAUUUUCUAUUUUGAUUUCCAUUAAUUUUUACAAUCGGAUGCUGGUGUUGAGACCAAUUUAUUAUAAUGUUUAAAGUAUUUAUCGUUUUCUGGGAGGAAACCUUUUUUAAUUAUCAGUUCUUGAAACCCGUUGUGUGUUUUCAUGUUUUUAAAGAGAUGUAUCAAAAUUCUAAAUGAACCAUACUUGGCAAAAUUGUAUAAUUGCCCCAUGGUGUGAAAUACAGGGUGUGCCCAUAACCCAUGACCCUUUCCCCCUUUGCCACCUCUCUCUCUUACAUGAGGGAUAGACCCGUCCAUGGUAGUAUAUGGUUCUGACAGUGCCUUUAGUACAUCUUUAUUUGCAUCUUCUGUUGAUUUGGGUCUUUUUGUACAUCAUUUAAAUUAUAAAUACUGAAAACAGGGGCACAUCUGAUAAAGAUCUACAUUAAAACAGGAUCGAAUCCAUCACAGCGCUUUGCCCUCCCCCCUUCGGUUUUAUUUUAUGUUCCGUCCAAAACCCUCAUAUUGUAAAUAAGUUAAUAUAUUUUAUUGCCCCCUUUUCAACAAAGUAAAAAGAAAAAAAAAGCUGCAGUAUCCCUUUUUUCAUGGGUUGUGUGUAUGUGUGUGUGUAUGUAAAUACAAUCGUCUGACUGUUUUGUGGAAGGUGCAGUGUUACCUCUUUUUUAAUUUCCGAUUGCUUUUUUGUAGAGGAGCGAGAUGUGUGCGAUGCCGGAGUCGCGGCGACGUCAGUGCACGUUCAAACUGACGUGCUCUGUCGGAAUAAGACAUCCGUGCCUCCUUUCAUCCGACCUCCCACUUCACAUCGCCCUAAAGGACCAACAAGUCAAAAGAAAAACGAAAAUAAUUCAUAUGAUGUCCUUAUUGGAUUUAAGCUUUUCCUUUUUUUUCCCCGCCCCGGCCCAUCUUUCUACCCCCCCCCCUCUGUUUCUCUCUUGCUCUGCUUUGUUUCCCACCAGUGACCUAAAUAAGGUUCACACAUCUUCACAAUCAACUUUGCAUUGUGAGACGCAUCGUACCAGUGGCAGAGGAGGUACAGUAGAAUGUCUGCCAGCAUACCAAAAACAAAACCCAAUCAUUGCUUUGCUUUGGAUAAAGACUAGACUUGGUGGUCACCUCUAAUUCACUGUGGAUUGUUCACUGAAAAAAAAAGUGCUAUCUGGAUAACGCAGCUCGAAUGCACUUUGACACUGAAUCCCUCACAGUGGGAGUCUGUUAAAGGGGGAUUAAAAACUGAAGAAUGGUGCUAUCAUUACUCAGUACUAGCUAGACACACAUGACUCAUGAUAACCCAGUUUGUAUUAUUCACAUGCUGUAUUGUAGCUUACGGUCUUUUGAGCCGCAUAAACUUUACGUGUGAACACGUGUAGCAGCCAUAGCGUUGUGGAUGUCAGGGAUGACAUCUUUCAGAAAGGGACACUGGUACAGCGGGGGUGGGGGGGGGUCGAGUGGCAUCAUCUGAAUCAAGUAACCUGGCCUCCACCUGGGGCUUUACCAAAGGAUGGUCGCCCCCCUCCCUCCUGUUGCUGGGGCGGGGGGUCUUUCCAGCACAAAUGUACAAUAUGUCUGUGAUCCGAUGACAGGUAUCACUCAACAAUUCAAGAUCACAAUAAACAGACUUUUCAAAUUACCCUGCCAGGACCCCCACCCCAGAGAGCGAAUCAAGGGGGGGGUAUAGGACAAAAUGACUGUUGGGAAGAACGAUUUGCGACGGUCAGCUUUUAUAUAUAUAUAUAUAGUUUAAAGCAUAAAGCAAGUGCAUACUGCACCUCUAUGUGAACUCUUUGAAAUGUCUGUCAGGACUCCAGUUUGAAGAUUGACAGAUAGCGAGAAGUCCAACGUGAGGGGUUUCUGGCCUACAAAGGACAGGAAGUCACCGUGAACUCGGUGUGAGAUUGACAGUGUCAGGACACGAGGGCCCUCGGGACCUGGAACUUCGUGGUUCUUUUCGCACCACAACAAUCAGAGACGCAAUCCUGAGACAGGAGACGUCCGUUAUAUUAGUGUGCUUUGUAUGUCAUGUGCUGUGGUGAACACAUUCUCAAGCUUGUUCAUUCAGAUACGACGUCCCUGCUCCCCCGGGACCCCCAUACACCGUGCAGUCUGUAGUCGACACACCAUCUGCUAAAAUAGAGAAAAAGGAUACUGUAGCGUGGACUCAAAAGAAACAAUGUUGCACUGAUAAAUAUAUUUAAGAGGUUUAUGUGUUUAUAGCGUUCAUUUGCAAAAAAAUGAAAAUGUCAAAAACUCAAAAAACAUGUUCAUUUCUCUUUCAUCUUUUUAUAUAUAGUUUCAGAUUAUGUAAGAUAAUUCUGAAAUGUAAAAAAAAAAAAUAUUGAGAUGUUUUCACUAUUGAAAAAGGCAUAAUAAAUUUUCCCCACUGUAACGUCCCUCCCUUCCCUUUCCCUGGCAUAUUAUUGUUUCGUUUUGUACCGUCUUUCAAAUUUUUUGUGCAGAUUUUGGUUUGGGGUUUUUUUUUUACGAAAAAAAAGACUUUUAUUUUCAAUACUGCUUCUGUAAUUUGCUGUUAUAAAAAAACACAAUAAACAGCAAGGCCUUAAA